AUAUAUAUAGAGAGAGAGAGUGAGCGAGAGAGCGCGUGAGAGACAGCGAGAGAAAAAGCGCGCGAGAGAGAGAGCCCCGGCUGCACGCUCACCGUCUUCAAACAACACGAGUGCUGUCUUGCUCUCUCUCCCUCGCGCAUAUUAAUCAAUUGACACGAUGGUGAAAAAUGAGAAUGUAAAUCUGCUCACCCCAUUUUUGUUUGUAAGAAAAUAUUUUAUUAGAUUUCAUAUCGCAAUAUAUAUCGCAGAAAAAUAAAAUUUUGCAAUGUCAUUUUUUCCCAAUAUCGUGCAGCCCUACUGUAUAAUUUUAUUUACAUCUGCGUCCAUUGUAUUUCAUGCUGUUUUACUACAUUUUCUGGGUCAGAACGUCAUAGUAGUUUCAGCAGUGUAUAGUGUAAAUGCACAAAUCGGAUACGGGUCACUUUUAAAAGAUGAUGUAAGCGGGUCGUCAAAAAAAUCGGAUAUAGUCAGAAAAACGGAUUUGGGCAUCAAGACCUGCAGUGUAAAUGCAGCCUAAAUGAUCUCCUAUAAUGCCUGAUGAGGUAAGAGAACACCUGACAAGAGAUCAGAGACCAUUCCUUCAUCCAGAAUCACUCCAGACCCUUCAGAUUCCCAGCUUCUCCUCUUCAGUUCACUCCUCUCAUUUUCUGUAGGGUUCAGGUCAGAGGACUGGAAUGGCUAUAGCAGAAGCUUGGUUUUGAGCUCAGUGACCCAUUUCGGUGUUGUUUUUUAGGUUUGUGUUUGGAUUAUUGUACGGUUGAAUGAUCCAAACAUGGCCCAUUAUAAGAUUUCUAACAGAGUCAGUCACUUUUUGAUUUUUUUUAUCUGUUGGUAUUUGAUAGAAGCCAUGUAUUUAAACAAGAUGUCCUGGACCUCCAGCAGAAAUAUAGGGUCUCGGCAUUAAAAGCGGCAGUAUACCUCAUUGAACACAUGGGGUACUUGUUUAUCUCUUGUGUUCACCAAACCCUUCUUGAGUGUUUGCUGCUAAAAAGCUCAUUUUUUAGUUUCAUCUGAUCAUAAAAGCAAGUCUCAUUUGAAGUUCCAGUCAUGUCUGAUAACUGACUAUGCUUUUGUUUGUUUUUGGAUGAGCUGGGAUUUAUUUUUAUCUUUUAAAAGGGACAUAUAAUGCUACAUUCACUUUUACAAGUUGUUUGAACUGAAAUGUGUGUUGGCAGUGUGUGUACACAACCAACCUAUAAUGAUAUAAAAUCCCCCCCCAGAGAUUUUUUUUUAAAAUCUUGUUAAAUGUUUUCCCCUUUCUCAAAUCGAGGUGAUCUCAGAUGCCUGUCUUUGUGAUGUUACUAAAACAUGCCCCCCCGCGAUAGUCUGAUUGACAGUAGUGGUUCAGCACAGACUAGACUGGUGUUUUAUCUAGGGCUCAAAUGAUUAGUUGACGUUAUCGACAAUAAAAAAUUGUCUACAAAUAUUUUUGUUGUCGAGUAUUCGUUUGAUUUAAUUUGACCUUAUUAUAGCCUGCAAUAAUGAGGUUUGACCGAGUUAGACUGUAGCCCUCCUCGAUGCAGUUCAAGAGAAGAAGAGAAACAGCACUCGCUCAGCGCAGCUUCAGAGAAACCGAAUGGCGUUUGGAUAUGAAAAUAUAUGAUGCGCGUUUUCCUCUAAAUAAUGAAAUCAACAACAAAAAUACCACAGCAGCGUGAAAGCAGCAGUUAAAAAUGCAUCUUAUUACACCAAUGUGGAUGUUCGCACAAGCCCUGUAAAGCAUUCACGUCACGUCUAUAGUAUUUUAUGCAAUACCUUAUACAAAGCAAAUUUUUAAUAAUAAUGUUUAAUAGCGUAAAAUUGAUUAAAGCGUAACUAUUUUUGGACCAAAAUGUAUUUUUAAUGCUUCAACAAAUUCUAACUGACCCUCUGAUGUCACAUGGACUACUUUGAUGAUGUUUUUCUUACCUUUCUGGACAUGGACAGUAUACCAUACACACAGCUUCAAUGGAGGCACUGAGAGCUCUCGCACUAAAUCUAAAAUAUCUUAAAUUGUGUUCCAAAGAUAAACGGCGGUCUCACUGGUUUGGAACGACAUGAGGGUGAGUCAUCAAUGACAUAAAUUUGGGAUUUUUGCAUGAACUAUCCCUUUAAGACUGCAGCUCUGUUUCAAAGCUACUUGCACUCUCCAUUUUAGUGACUCUAACAGCAGCUGUCAAUCAAUCCGUCACUGCGGGUCUCAGGUUCAUGCCCCACGCACUCAGCCCCGCCCUCGGUUCGUCCUCUCUAUCUCCGCUGUGCUCUGCCCACUUUUCAGCAUUUUUCAAAUAUUGUCAGUGGGUGGAGUCAGGCUCUGACCAGGGGUUUAGUUACCCUUUAAAGUGAUAGUUUGGUUUGCAGAGAUCAAAGCUUAACCUAGCUCAGGACUGUUUUGAUUAUUAUAUACCAGUAAGGUAUUUUAAGAGAGAUUACUCUACCAGUCAAAAGUUUUUGAAUGGCAAUGUUAAGAUUUUUUUUGUUUUUUUGUUUCUUUUUUAUUUUUAAGAAGUUUCUUCUGCUCACCAAAUCCUGCAUUUAUUUGAUCCAAAAUACAGCAAAAGCAGUAAUAUUGUGCAAUAUUUUAACAAUUUUAAAUAACUGCUUUAUAUUUGAAUAUAUUUUAAAAUGAUAUUUAUUCUUGUGAUCAAAGCUGCAUUUUCUCCAGUCUUCAGUGUCACAUGAUCUUCAGAAAUCAUUCUUAUAUACUGAUUUGCUGCUUAAGAAACAUUUAUUAUUAUUAUUACUACUUUUAUUAUUAUCAAUAUUUAAAAGAUUCAAGAUUCUUUGAUGAAUAUAAAGAUCCAGAAAUCAGAAUUUAUCUGACAAAAAAAGCUUGUAGGCCGGGGCAGGAACUGUAAGGGCAAAUUCACACACGUCGUUCACACUCUGUAUUCAGACUGUAUUGUCUGAAUGCCUGCUGUUCCAGAGAGGCUCUGGGGCUCUAGAGGAGAUUGAACACAAACCAGUCUUUUAAACUCCUAAACUCUUAAAACAUUCCUAUUCUCGAACAUCCAGGAGGACCACAUUACAGUGAGGCAAAAUAGUGUCUGAAUUAUUAGCAUUAUUAUUUCACUCUAAUGCUAAAAAAAGUUUUAUUUAUUUUUUAACCCAAUUUUUUUAAGAGUGUAUGCUGAAUGUCAAGAACUGUUAUUUUAGUGUUAUCAUCAACAUUGCCAUUGCAUGCACAGAUAGUGAGAAUGUGAAAUAUUGUUAAAUGUAUUGUCAACCAGCAUCACACUUGACCAUCUAACAGGGGACCAGUGUGCUUUAGUCUAGAGAAAACACUACUAUAUGCACAGACCUGUUGCUGUGUACGUUUAGCAUUUACAGUUUAGUCUGUGUAGAAAUGACCACGCAAAAGUGAACAAAAUGGUGUCCUAAACAUGGAAACAUCGAAAUUAACUGAUUUUGUUCAAGUCAAAAAUAUUAUUGAACAUCACUGAACCAAAUUUAAACUUCGGUUUUCACCAACAGAACAAAUUUAUGGGUUUUUAUUAAAACAAGCAGAAAGAGCUCUUUAAGGUAACAAUUGCAGCUCAGUACGUUUAAUAGUAAAGAGUGAAUGUGAUAAAUAAAAUGACUUCGGUCCCCAGUUAGAUAAAGUGCGAUACAUGUCUGGUUUUUUCCCCUUCUCGAAUAACAAAUGCACUAAAGAUUCUGGAGCUCAAAAGUCAACAAUUCUACUACUGAUGAAUACUGUUAAAUUUAAAGGGUUUUUUUGGGAACUGAAGGAAAUGUAAAUGGCCUACGGUGUUUAUAGUGUUUGUUAAAUUAGCAAAUUUUACAUUAUUUGAAGUUUAAUUAAAUUAAAUUAAAAUUAAAUUAAAUUUAUGCAUUUAGCAGACACUUUUAUCCAAAGCGACUUACAGUGCAUUCAGGCUAUACAUUUUUACAUAUCAUGUGUUCUCGGGGAAUCGAACCCCCAACCUUGCGCUUGCAUGCUUGGUAGCGCAGUUCUCUACCAAUUGAGCUACAGGAAAUGUGUAGCAUAUUUUACUAACUAGAUUUGCAGCAAAUUGCUUGAAAAAAAAAUCACAUUAAUAUGAUUUAAAAUUCAUUUUAACAACAGUAUUUGUAAGUAAAAAUUCUUAAUGUCGGCUUACAGUUUACCCUUGGCAUCAACAUUUAGUCUGCCCAUUUGGUAAAGUUUUUCCAUGUGCAGGGUAUUUCAUAUGUUUCAAUAAGAUACAUUUGCAUCAACACACAGAUGCUGUGGACAGGGACAUUUAUUACGUCAGUUUUGAUGGUUCUCAUGUCUUUUAUCUCAAACACGGUCAUGGUUAAAUUCAGCUGUACUUUAUGACAACUGUGUUCAUGGAGUGAAAUAAUUUUCAGCCAUUAAUACCUCAAUUUUGAAUUUUCCUUCAUAAAUGUAUUGUAUGACUUCAGAAGACUUUGAAUACAACACAAAUAGUUUUUUAAUACUUUUAUUAUCUUCCUUGCACUAAAUGCCCAUGAGUGUAAAUUAUGUGUUUUAUAUAAGUGGCUGGAUUUGGUGCUCCAAAAUAUCUAUGAAAGUGUAAACUUAAAUUCAUAUGUGUAUUAAUUCAUAUUUGUAGAGUUUAAGCAGUGAGGAAAUGGACACAGAAGCGAUUUUGUUCAAAUGAUUUUGGUCCCCAGUUAGAUGGUGAAAUGUGACACAAGGAUCCACUUGGUCUGUCUCUAAGACCCAAUCCCAAUUCUUCUCCUUAGCCCUUCCCCUUUCCCCUACCCCUCCGUUUCGUGCAUUCACGUGAAGGGGUAGGGGUGCCUUGAUUCUCUUUUGGUUGGAGGGGAAGGGGUAAGGGAAAGGGCCAGAUAGCCCUUCAAACGAAGAUUUUUUGGGACCACACUUCAAACGAAGGGGUUUGAAUUAUCUCAGCAACAUGGCUGCUACAGUGAACAAAAAGACACAUAAAUUUAAUCUUUUUUGGCAUAAAUAAAGAUUUUAACGAAAAGUAAUCAUUUGUUUUAUGUUACAUUCAAUUGUGAGUUCAUAUUAACGGUCAUGUUACUCAAAGGAAUGUUUGCUAUAAAUCACUAAUAGUUGCUAACGUCAUAUCAUUACAGACUGCAUGAUAGUGCCACAGCAUAUGUCUGAUCAGGGCGAUAACUGCCGUAGACUAAUCCCCCCAGUAAUUAGAUAUCGCUUAACCAUUUUCUCAAAUAUUACCUAUUCGAGAGAGAGAGAGAAAAGAGAAAUGGAAGUUGCGUGUAUUUGCGUCUGUUCGUUUAAAUUUUAGAGUGAGUUUACUUAAAAACAGCGAUUGUAUCCUCUCGUCGCUGGAAAAUAUAAUGUAGCGAUUCAGUAUUUAAACUGUAUUUAAUAAAAGUCGUGGGGCAAUGUUGACAAGUUUUUCUCCUGGAUGUGUGAGCUGCGCGAUUUCCGAUAUGUGUGUGUGUCAGCAUGCAGCAAAAUAUAAUUGGGAUUGGCCCUAAAUGUCAGAACGAGUAACUUCAGUCUUCAAUGUGAUGAAAGACAAAACAUUAUCUUAAGCUGAAUGCUGAGCAAAUCAGUGGAAGAGCGUCCUACUAUUGAGGAAGGCCUUCAGGCAGUCAAAAGUAUGUGCAAAGACUUAUUGUAGAGUUUACAAUACUCAUUAAAUUAUUGGAUAUAAAUAUUGUUGUGAAUUUACAGGUUUCGAUCACCAGUCUGAUCAAAUUGGAACCACAGACAGCUACAGCAAUAAGAAUAGAAAUAAAGACAGGGUCCAUACAGAGGAUUGCUUUCAUCAAGCAAAAGAUGAGAUGGACGUCCCAGAGAAUCUGUGCAGUGAUGUGACUAAUUCAUAUUCCCACACUAAAGAGGAAUUAUCUGAGUGUGAAAUGAGCAACACAGAACAACAGAUAUACCCUUUCCUGGAAACGUCAGAGAAAGAAGAAAAAGCAAAACAGGUACAAUGGAAAUUAGCAGAAGAAAAAGCUAUCCAAGGAAAACUGCUUACAAAGGCUAGGAUGGAAAUGAAUGAAUAUGCCCAAGGUUGUGCAUCUCUACAACCAAAUGUGAUUAAAGUGAAAGUAUCCUCAAACACGCCACGCCAACGCAUCUAUGACAAAAAGAAUUUCUGCCUUUACUGUGAAAAACCUUAUGCAAAAAUCACAAGACAUCUGAUUCAGAAACAUUCUGGAGAGGUCGAAGUUGCAAAGGCACUGUCAUGUAAGCAAGACUCAACCAAGCGUAAUCUUUUUUUAACCAAAAUAAGGAACAUGGGAAACUACCACCAUAAUAGUUCAGUCCUAUCCUCUGGAAAAGGAGAGAUCAUUCCAAAAAGACAAGCAACAUCUGUGUCGACAGCAACUGACUAUCUGCCUUGCAAGUUUUGCUUUGCUAUGUAUAUCAAAACAGACCUCUGGAAACAUCAUAAGCGUUGCAAAUUACAAGUAAAAGACAAAAUGCCAGUGAAGCAGAAGGUUCAGGCAAGCUGUUCCCUGUUGUUGCCCAUGGACUCAACAAUUUCCAGUGGACUUCAAAAAGUAAUUGAAGACAUGACAUAUGAUGAUAUAACACAGGUGGUAAAAUCGGAUCCGUUGAUUCUGUCAUUGGGUGAGAGAAUGUUCCUCAAAAAUGGAGAAGUUGGACGACACCGGGCAGAUAUUAGAAAUAGGAUGAGGGAACUUGCCAGACUUCUUCUGGUGGCAAGAGCCAUCGACAAGGACGUUGUUGCUUUAAAGGACUUGAUCAACCCAGUAAAGUUUAACACAGUACUUGAAGCUGUGAAAAAGAUGACCGGUUUUGACAGCUCAACAAACCAAUUCUCAGUUCCUUCAACAGCACUGAAACUGCGACGUUCCUUUGUCAAAGUGUCAUAUAUUUUGCAAGGGGAGGCUUUACGUCAAGAGGAUGAUGCUUUAAAGGGAAGAGCAGAGCACUUCAGCAAGUUAAUUGAAUUGGAAUGGACAAUCCAUGUGCCAUUUAAAAAUAAACUGAUGUAAAAAUUAAUACAGCAGUCAUCCUUUACUCCCAACAUCUGAGCCGCUGAAGAUGCAGUGGAUUACACAUUUGUUUCUGAAGAGCAUGCGCAUUAAUGGAAACAAGAUUUUAAAGGAUAAUGGAAGAGAUUAGAAAGCAGUUAAAUACUUUGUACACAACAGAAUAAAUUCAAUAAAGAGAAAUUUGGAUCAACAGUAUUGAGCCCAUAAACCCUGAGAGCUUGCGAAGUAGAGUAUCAAUGUUGAGUCAUAACUGUGCUGGGACAUUGACAGUCCAUGUAAAUGGAGUACCAGUGCAUCAUAGCAUUGAAAUGAUUGACUACAACUGUUUUCAGUUGCUGUUUGGGCUUCUGUUUUGGAAUGACCGGUUAUUACUUUGAUGUAAGACACUUUGAAAUUGCACUAUUUUAAACAUGUGUUUAAAAUACACUUAUUUUUAAAUUUUCAAUUAGAUUUUUUGUUUUACUUUUUCUUAUACUAUACAAAUUUUAAUAUAAUAAUCUAUAUUAUUAUUUCCUGCGAGGCAAAACGCACCUUCUACAUAAAGUUCUACAGAUUUUAUUAUUAUUAUUAUUUAAUGGUAUUGUUAUUAUUGUUGUAUAUGUAGCCACUCAUCACUGAGGGUGAAAAGUCUGCAUUACCACAUGGGGGCUCUUUUAGAGAGAUUAUGAGAUUUUCCAGGUGAUAAAUUGGAAAACCAUUUCUGUUGUCAGGAGUGCAGCAGAAGCAAGUGACAAACCAUCAGUUUAGGAGUGUGUCUGGACUUUAAAUAAAGUUUGACUUGAUUUUAUUCAAAAUGCUGUAGUUAUGUUUCUUUUUCAGUGUUUUUGUUUUUAUUUUUACAAAAUCAUUUUCAAUGCAGCAACUCAGCAUAUAUAUAGCAUAUAUAUGUUUGUGUGUGUAUAUGUAUGUAUAUUACCUCCAAAGAUCCAAAUGGUCAUCUGUUUUCUUUCCUUAACAUUAAUGUAAAAUGUAAAUUGUUAAAUGUAAAGCAUAUUCUGACUAUUUCUGAAUGUUAUGACAAUGUUGAUAUUAAAAAUGGUUUAAAAGUAUUUU